CAUCUGCAACGAGCCGCGUUUGUUGACCAGGGAAUUGUUUAUAAAGCCGAGCUUUGGUGCAACCUUUGAUCGACCACUUCUUGGCGUACAUAUCGUAUCACGGCAAUUGGGCUGUUUCCCUAUUCUUGGUGUCGACAAGCUGACAAGUCCGUGCUGAGCUGGGCGAUCUUGAGCUGCUAUGACUCCAGCUGGAUCACGAUUUCGCGCUUGGGGAUCAUCAAUACACUGACGUAUACUGGUAGUGAGCUGAGGGUCUCUGCAUUUGCAUAUCUGUUGAUCAAGACGAAACUAGAAUAACCGCCAAGGAAGCAAAGGGCUGCCAAGUAUCCAGACCCCUCAUGGCGCUGCUGUGCUCUCAAUGGAGUGGCAGACAAUGACCGAAUGUUCCUUGGAGAACCAAAACUCGAUAUUCCCUUCCAUCUCCGAGCACUUCCAGUCAUCGCCGCUGUGUGCAUGGUCCGAUUCACUUCCAAUCUCGACAUGAACGCCUCGCACUAUCGCUGGUGUAGGUUGGACAUGACAGUAGCACAACCGCCGUGGACUCACAUACGUCUUGACACGAUAAUGACCAAAUCUACAGUCCCCCAAGGCUCUCUGAGCACCGUUACUAUAGUCGAAUAUCAUACCCUUGCAUUCAAAGUUCUCGUCUUCUACGACCUUAAUGCCAGUCACGUCUUUUAAUGGCGCCACUGAAAGAUACAUAUGCUCGAACAUUAGAUGAAGAAGAGGAUCCAUAUUCGGCCAGCGGUUGUUGAACGGCGGUAGGCUAUCACGGUGCUGCUUCCGCGGAUAUGUUCCGAAUACAGUAGCUGGUCCGACAUCUGCAACAUUGUGAAUGAGCAGUUCUGGGCUUGACUGGCUGAGAACAAUAUCUCUGUGCUGCCUAAGAUGGCAUGGGCCAACAUACACAUCCCCGGCUAGCUUUGUACGAAUCUAUCUUCAUUAGUACUGUGAAGUCAGUCACCAAGGGGAAAUGAGUACCAUGAAAAAGGGCUUCUGCGUUGUAGCCCCUCCUCCUUCAACUUUCAACCGCAUCGCGAUCGAGGUGAUUUCUUCAUCUCUGGGCAUCGGUAGGUAUAUCCAGACGACACUUUCCUGUCUUUUCACAGGAAGCCGGUCGAAUGUUUUCGUUGCACAAGGUCUCGCAUGUGUAUGCGCGUGUAUUGCGUAGAGCUUACUGAAAGAGAAGAAAAACGUGAGGCCCGUUACACUGCGUAGGUUGGUGGUCUUGAAUUGCAUGGAUGGUGUCACGCGGCCGUAAAAGUCGCAGUCCUCAAUACCAGGGGGUUUGGGGGUGUCCCAGAUGUGAAACCCCAACAGAGAUGCAGGGAGCUCAAGCCGCAACACAUGACACUAGGUGUACUGGGUCAGUUCAGAUCAUUGCAAUAUCCAGAGCAACCUCAUCACCUUCAGUACAGCCACAACAUCCUGAAAGCAUAUCGCAGGCGAGAUUACAAAUGCCUCCCUGUCCGAACGUUGGGGUUCGUAUGAUGAUUUUGACAGCCUUUCUAUCUUUCGUAUUCCCCUGUGAUCAAGAGUCAAGCGUACUACUGGCGGGCAGUUGCUUGAUAACACAGCAGCGCAAUCUCCUCGUGUCCAGGAUAGGAUAUUACACAAAGGUAUCGAAGUAACUGGUGGAGCGGUAUCGGACUGUAAGCGGGACAACUCCCGAGCUAUGCUGAGAACAUGGAUGUAGCGC